UUUUUAAAUGCUACAACUUCUACAGUAACAACAUUAUCUAACUGCUCAUCUUCAACUUUAGCUCUGUCUACUGGAAAAAAUGUUGACGAAAUCAACAUCGAUGAGUUCUUAAAUAGCGCUAUCGAUUCAAUAGAAGAAGAAACAACGGGCUAUAAUAUAAUAAACGAAGGUGUAAUUUCAUUACCAAAUCCUAUAUCAAGUAAUACUGUAGUUCAAUACUCAAUUUCGCAUUAUCUCAACUGUCUGGAUGGGCUUCUAAUUAAAGGAUUAUAUGAAAAAAACCAAUUAUUAGAUAAACAUCAUCGUCACAAAUUAGCUAAUCUCAUCAUAGAAAGAGAAUUUGAAACUUUUGGAUGCGCAUCAAGCUUUAAAAUUAGCACGGAAAGGUUUAUAUUACUUGCUCAAUGUAUAACUAAUAAUUUCCCAAACGAAAAAACCAAUAUCUAUUUUACACCAUACCAUAACAACCGUCAGACUAAACAAAUAAGUGGACCAUCUGGAAUGCUAUACGAAGCCUACUCACAAAUUAAAAGAAAAUUAAAAAAUGUACAGACUCCAGAAAUAAAAAAAACUAUACCAACAGUUUUCAAAAGUGACAUAACUGAAAAAAUUGCUUUUCUCAAACAAAAUUAUGAACCUUGGGAAAGCGUUAAAAAAUAUUGGAGUGAAACACAUUUAUACCGAAUGCAAGAUAUUUUAUCAAACAAAGAUAAAGAUUUUACAAUUUCAAAAUAUUUUGAAACAUAUCCAAUUUUAAAAUCGCAAAAGGGAUACAUUCUUUUGUGCAAAGAUUUUGAAAUUUUACACGAAAACAAUCAAUGCAGCAACAAACUAUUUGCUAAGUGGGAUGAAGUUAACAAAAACAUUAUAAACUAUUCUAAGACAAAACAUAUGAAAGUUUUUGAAUCUGUAAAGGAUUCUAGGGUUCUUACAGAAAAAAUUGAUUCCAGAAGAAAACUUUGCGCUGAAAAAAAAGAAACUUUACAACCAUUCAUCGCUUUCAUUGGGGAUACAUUUGCGUCAAUACAGAAUGCCUAUGUUAUUAUUGAUAACAUUAUCUAUAAACUGGACAAUCCUAUAAGUGCAAUAGAUGUAUGUUUCAAGUGCUUUUCAGCUCUUCAUGCAAAAUUCCCACAACACUGUUUUCCAGUCUGGCAAUUCAUUCAACUUUAUAUAUACGAAAUACAGACGGAAUUUGAUAAGAAAUUUACAACUUUAAAUUCUUUAAUAACGGAUUUAGAUCAAUUAUGUUCAACAACAGUUAAAACAUCUGGAAGUAGUUAGGUAAUAAAUAUUAAUAUAAGAUUCUUUAUUAGCCAGAUAAGUUU